AUGGCCGCGGUGAAUACUAUAUCUCGAUCGUUAAGGCAAGGACUGGUUUCGUACCGUUGUCGCUCCCAGGCUCCUACUGUCGCCCCGUCACCAAAACCCGUCGCAUCUCUUUCAUAUCAUCGCAGUGCCAGCAUACCUUAUAGAAACGAAUAUCCUGCCUCUACCCUGAGUUUUCGACGUUUAAGCUAUUCUUCAAAACUUGGUGGCCAUGGAGGCACGAAAAACGGGGAUAAAAGUGCGGAAGGCCUGCUUGCUCCUGGACAAACAAAGGGCGAAUUGGAGGUUGGAGAGAUGGAAGGCAUCACUUUCAAAGUAGAGCCUCUCAAAAGGAAAGGCGAGGAUGACAGCACAAAGAGAGCCAGGUUGUUAUACCAGAGUCGUAAACGAGGCACUUUAGAGUCAGAUCUCCUCCUGUCAACAUUUGCAUCUACAUAUCUAGGCAAGAUGACCAGCAGUCAACUAGAUGAAUAUGACCGGUUCCUGGACGAAAAUGACUGGGACAUCUACUACUGGGCAACACAAGAAGCCCCAUCUGAGGGAUCUGAGGGUGCAUCGAGGCCCAAGGACGAGCUUACUGAGACGUGGAAGAGCGGCGCUGCGAAGAGCGGAGAAUGGGCCCAGACAGUGGGAGCUUUUAAACCUGCAUACCGACCUGUCCCCCAGCGAUGGGCCGACUCGGAUAUUCUCUCUCUAUUGCGACAGCACGUCCUUAGCAAGAAGGCUGGAGGUGGUAGCGUCAAGGGAAGCGGCGGCGGUCUGGGAAGAAUGCCCAACAUUGAGCUCUUCAAAUCGUAG